AUAAAUUCCAAAACACAAACCUCUUUCCCCCACCCUCACACUCCUUCUUUCAUUUGCUUCUGUCUCUAUCUAUUGAACAUGGGCGUCGUCGACGACCCAAGCGAAACCGGUCUACUCCUCCUCCGGCUGGGCCGGACCGGACAGACUGCUUUCACCGCCAACCACCACCGCCUGGUCAGACGAGACUCUUCCGCGAAAUCAAAGCCGUCAGUUUUGAGCUCAUCAGGGCCUUCCCUGACCCUUGGAUUCUCAAACGGCGCUGUAAAGAAGGAGAGCGACGGAGAUGGGAGUGAUGAGGAGGAAGACGGCGGCGGCGGCGGCGAUGGAUCCCGGAAGAAGCUGCGGCUAACUAAGGAGCAGUCAGCUCUUUUGGAAGAUAGGUUCAACGAGCACAGCACGCUUAAUCCGAAGCAGAAGCUAGCGUUAGCGAAGCAACUGAGUCUGAGGCCUCGACAGGUGGAGGUGUGGUUUCAGAACAGGAGAGCAAGAACAAAGCUGAAGCAGACAGAAGUGGACUGCGAGUUUCUCCGGCGAUGUUGCGAGUCUCUGACGGAAGAGAAUCGGAGGCUACACGGAGAGUUACAGGAACUGAGAUCUCUCAAGCUGGCGGCGGCGACGCAGCUGUCCAUGCAGGUACCGCCAGCGACGCUCAUGCUAUGCCCUUCUUGCGAGCGUGUGGCGGUUGUCGGUGAAGCUGACGAUGUAGUCAUGGAGAGAGCUUUUUCUCCGGCGAUGAAAGCUAUGAUGAAGAAGAAGAGUACUCUGUUAUUGAAAUACAGCUAGUCGUUGUUUGCAAUUUGCAUCCAUGAAUAGAUCGACCACAAAAUCUCUUUUUUUUU